AUGUGUGUCGACUUCACUGAUCUCAACAAAGCUUGCCCGAAACACAGCUUCAUGCUCCCCCGCAUUAACUUCAUUGUCGACUCGACGGCAGGCCAUUGCACGCUCAGCUUUAUGGACGCCUACUCGAGGUACAACCAAAUCUGUAUAAAGCCUGAGGACGAGGAGAAGACUUCGUUCAUCACAGACCGAGAACAGCAUCUAGACGACUUGAGAGAGGUUUUUGCGAUACUGCAGCAGUCCCAAAUGAAGUUGAACCCGGCAAAGUGCACUUUUGGUGUCAGGUGGAGAACGUUUCUGGGGUUUAUGGUAUCCGAAUGGGGCAUUGAAGUUAAUCCCGAGAAGGUGGAUGUCAUCCUAUGCAUGGCCCCACCGUGA